AUGGCGGAGAAACGCCGUUUUUUCUACACUGCCGAAACAUUAAUUGGCCGUUGGCUACCGAAUAGCGUCAGCGUUAAUGUUUUGAUUGAAGCUGCCGAUGAAUCUUUUUGCACUAAAACUAAGUUCCGAUCGCAAAAUCCUUCGCCUCCCUGGUGGGAUCAUGAAUGUACAACUGCAAUAAAAACAAGAAAACAGGCUGAAAAAAAUUACUGUGAGGAGAUGUCAGAAGAAAAUUUCGAGUUAUAUUUAGAAUCUGCCCGUAGUGCUAAAAAAUUGUUUAAGAAAAAGAGAUAUGAUGGUUGGCAAUCAUUUUGUGCCUCCAUUAGCCCAGACGUCAGCCCGUCAGAGGUCUGGCGUAAUAUUCGUAGAUUUAGAUCUGCAUAUAAUAAUUCUCCCUCUUCUAAAUUACCGCUAACCCUAGCUGAUCAGUUCAUGGAUCAUCUUGCACCCCCUUCUGUACCGGAACAGGGAUUUCCUCCAUUAUCUAUUCCUGCUUACAUUUCCGAUGACCAAACUGGAUUAAACGCUCCUUUCUCUUUGAUCGAACUUAAAGGUGUACUCAAUAACGUAAAAGACUCUACUCCAGGAGAAGAUGGGAUUCCAUAUUCUUUUUUGAAAAACCUUUCGGACCGUGUGCUGAUGCUGUUCUUAAAUAUUAUAAAUUCUAUUAUGAUUUCUGGGUGCAUUCCCAAGUCUUGGAUCACUCAAUCUAUUAUCCCUAUUUUAAAAGACAAUAAACCAGCCGAUGAUCCUUCUUCUUACAGACCUAUUGUCCUUUCUUCUGUUUUAAUGAAAACAGCAGAACACCUAGUUAAAAUCCGUUUAGAAUGGUUUUUAGAGAGUAAAAAUCUAUUAGCAACGUCACAAUUCGGUUUUAGGAAAAGUAGAAGCACAAUGGAUAGCUUAGGGGAAAAUUGCUUCAAUAUGCUCAGUGAAAGAUACAUUAAUUUAUUUAUCGAAGAUGUCAAACUAUUCCGGACUGUGUGGAAAGGAUUACCACAGGGUUCUGUGCUCAGUCCUUUGCUCUAUAACAUCUACACAUAUGAUUUAGAAACAUCAUUGCAGGCAUCAGCAAACGUACUACAAUAA